AUGAAUAACUGUAUCGGACCAGCACGCGCACGACGGUACGGUUCCAUCUUCGCCGCACUCGCGCGCGCUCCCCAGCUUAUGCGGAUGGAGCUUGUGGCAACCCGAUUUGUGGACGGCCUCAUCGAGGCAAUAAUCGACGCGGAUUUAGCUCCGGCACACCCCUUCCGCAACCUUCAACGUCUGGUCCUUGCGGGCAACAAGGAUGCCACCGAGAUGGACGUCGGACUGCUGUUGGUAGCUGGUCAGAUGUCACUGAACCACGUGGCCCUGCAGAUUUGGCACACCAGAAACUCCCUGUUUGAGGCCCUUGCUUUCGCGGGCGUUAGGUUAACGCGCCUGGAAAGUCUCGUCCUUGGCUACCAAGACCCAUACCAGUCACGUCUGACUGCCUCCGAGCUGGCCAGUGUUGAACUGGUCGACUCAUCGGACAGCCUGAUGCCUGUCUGCAGCAUCACCGAUCGUGGU